AUGCGCCAGGCGUUGGGGUUCCCAUCCGUGUCGAACGCCUUUGAGGUGGAGGCUGACCAGUUCUUGGAUCAGUUGCAGCUCUACAUGCCCAAACCGAUUCGCCCGGAGGACCUGAAAGUGGCCGAAAACCUCUUGCGCCUCGGGCGCCCCCUGAGUGGUGGAGGUAUCGAUGUGGUUGAGUUCUGCGAGCGCUUCGAACUCUUGGCUCGCAACGGUGCAGCGGCUGGUAGCGCCCCGCCUGCCCCCGUCAGGCCGCCGCCGAUCCCUGACAGCGACGUCUCCAAGGUGCUGCUGAGAGAAAGGCCCUGCCCAAUUGAUUUCAGCCGCCUGGGACUUCAACAACUGGCCGAGGUGGCGCUGCGACUUCAACGGGAAUUCCCGGAUGGAACGGCGCCCUUGUACCGGCUGGUGCGAGCUUUGGAGGCGACGGAUGGCGGGUUGUCGUUUGUUGUCAUGUCCUGCAGUUGGGAAGCUGAAACCAAGACCCUGCCGAGCGCCCGGCAGCAGGCCCGGAAAGAGUCUCCUAGGAGAUGCCUUGCGUUGGCCGAUGAUGCUGGGAUUCGAGGAGCCAUGAUGAUGCGCAGGAGAGCCAGUGGAAGUCUUGAAGCUGACCGAUCAGGCGAAGAAAGGCCAGAAGAGGAGAUGCUUGGGCCAACUGGGAGACCUGUGAGUUAUGGACCUCAAAACCCUCAAAUGUUGGAACUUGAAGAUGAAAAGAAAGAUGUAGAGAAUGAAGAACCCAAAAAAGAGCUAGAGCCGCUGUUCACCGAAGAACAAGUGAGGCAGUUUGAAGAACUGCACAACAGAGCACCUCUGUUGUAUGGAAGUCCACAGAGGACGCAGCUAGGAAUAGAGGAUGAAGCCAGGUCUUCAGGUUUAGCUUUGGAAGAUGUGCAGUUGGAAAGACCGAAGUUUCUACCUGCAGAAAGACCUGCAGCGAUGCCUGCUGGUACGCCCUCAGUGAUUUAUCAGCAGCAGAUGAUGCAGUACUUCUUCAUGUUGCAGCAAGAGAACAUGCAGCUGAAGAUGGAACAGGAGUUGCUGAAAGAAAAGCUGAGGGAGAAGGAAGAAAGAAAGACCUCUGAGGUAGAGGUGCCAAAUGGCGAAGGAGGAAGAAAGGCUAAGCCUGAAGUGGAAGGGUUUCAGACUCCGGAAAGCCAACAGCAAGGAAGCCGUGCAGCUGAAGACCGGGUUGUGAAGACAGAGAAUGACUUGGAAUCCGAGAGGAGAAGGCUGUACGAGUUGACACCGAUGGAGCAAUAUGAUGAAUUGCAAAAGGUGAUGGAUGCUGCGGUGGGUUCAGUGAAGAAGCCACCUCCUGGACGAGACCUUCGAGGACCUUGGGAAUCUCAUCAACCUUCAGAAGGAGCACGACAGAAAGGAAGAGAUGUUCCAAAGAAGGAAGCAGGUGAGAAAGGGACCGGAGGAGAUGCCAGGAAGAACCAAGGAAAUGCGUUGGAGCCAGCUGAUGAUGGAAGAAUGCAAAGGCAGGUUGAUGUCCUGUCUAAGAUGAUGUUGCACCUUCUGGAAAGUCAGCAAGGUAAAGAUGAUGGAGAAAAGAUGGAAGCGGUCAAACCUGGAGUGAACAAGUUGCAGACCCUCCAGGAGCCGACCGAAACGGCCCCCAUUGACUAUGCCGACUGGUUGACCAUGAUAGAGCCGGUGAUGACGGAUCUGUCAGACAGUUCGCAUGUUUGGUGGCGACUUGUGCUGGAUGAAUGCAGCGCAUGGUACUCUGAGUAUGUGAAGCUCCGACCACUUCAAAGAACAAGCUUUGAGAUCGAGGCCUCUGAAGAACUGAAGAAGACGAAGUGGGUUCGAGUGGAACGCCGAGCUGUUUCCAUGCUCAUGGAUGCCAUACCCACUGGAGUGAGAGAAGAGCUUGUUGCUACCAAGUCACUUUCUCCAGUGAAGGUGAUUGCCAAGUUGAUGACCAUCUACCAGCCUGGUGGACUACAUGAACGAACUGUGAUUCUGCGUCAGUUGGAGGAUCCUGGCGAAGCAGGAAACGCAGUGACUGGAGUCCAAAGUCUUCGGAAGUGGUUGCGAUGGUUGAGAAGAGCUCAGGAUGUCGGGUUAUGCUUACCCGAUUCCACUAUACUUUUGCGUGGUCUGACAAAGUUGAUGAAGAAGCUGCUGAACAACAACCCAGAACUAGCUUUCAGAACCUCACUUGUCAGAAACACACUCCAAUUGGAUACAAUUCCAAACCAUCAAACUGUGAGGACGUACUCUGAACACCUACUGUCGGAACUGGAGCAACUGGUCCACUUGGAGAAAAGGUCAAAGGUGGCUAAUGCAGAAAGAGCGACAGCUACAACCAGCCAGGUGAAGCAGUUGAACGCCGCAAGCAGUGGGAGCACAGAGGACAAGAAUGUGAAAAAGAAUGUGAAGGAAUGCAAGUUCUUUCAUCAGGAGGAUGGUUGCAGACGUGGUGCAGCUUGCACUUGGGGACACAAUGUAGAGCCAGGGGAGAAAAGGUGCUAUGUGUGCGGAUCCACCAAGCAUUUUGCGAGGGAGUGUCCACGCAAGGACAUUCAAAAAGACCCAAAGGUGCAGAAAGUGGAAAAGGAGGCUGAGGCCCCCAACAAAACCGCCAAUAAGAGCCCUGCCCCUGCUGAGGCCCCAGCAGUGGCAACAAAGGAGGCUGAGACCACCAAAGAAGAAGUUGCUAGUGUUGGAGGAGACUCUCUGCGAAGCGUCAUGGAAGAAGCUUCGAAGAUGCUGAAGAGCAUGGGAGUUGAAGAAAAGCCUACAAAGACCAGGGAAGAAAUGACCAAAGGACGGAUGCUGGAGCUACAGAAGGAGUUGCAACAGAUUCAGGACGGAUCGUGGAAGCCUAGAAUCAAUAUGAUGAAGACUGCCAUGGUUGCCCGAGUCAAGUUCGGCAAGAAAGCGUUGCUGGAUACUGGAGCCACUCACGCUCUGAGGUCCAAGAGGAGUGAUGAGAACCUGGUUGAGGGCAAAGAGUACAAGAAAGUGAGAGUGAACCUUGCAGCUGGAGGUUCAAAGACAAUGUGGAUGACGGAUGGAGGAACCCUGGUACAUGAAGAACCAGGGAUGGAACCGAUACUACCAGUUGGUCGUCUAGUACGAGAACUGGGAUGCAGCUUUGAGUGGAAAGAUGAUGAAUGCUUUCUUUUCCACCCCAUCAGGGGACAGAUAGCAGUGGAGGUCGAAGAAGGAUGUCCACAGAUCACCCAGGCAGAAGCGGAAAAGAUGGUGGAUGAACUUGAAGGAAUGAUGUCGCUUCGAAGCAUGAAAAAAGUGGCAUAUGAUGAUGCAUGUUGGGGCGCAGAAUGGAUGGCUGAGUUGGUAGAGAAACAUCCAGUACUGGCCUCAAUACCCUCACUUGUCAAGGACAACCUAGUGGAAGUGCCGGCCGAAGACCUUUCGCUUUUGAAGGCCAACAGAAGAACCAGGAGACGAUGGAUUGAACAAGGGGUCACUGUACAUUUGUACGCCGGGCCAGAAGAAGGCCUGACUCUGAAGAGAGCCUACUUGGAGAAGGGAGGUGAUGGCACGAGGUUGAUCGAAAUAGACGUGAAGAGAGGAGCACAUCAUGACAUGUUGAGAAUUGGAGGGAUGUACAGUACCCUCUUCAAGCUGGCAAUGCUAGGAGCCAUUGAUGCAGUGGUUGGUGGCCCAAAUUGCCGCACACGUUCAGUGCUGCGACACACACCAAGAGAAGGCUUCCCAGGACCAUCGAGGACGGCGGGAUACCCUUGGGGACUUCCAGAUGCUCCCCCUGAUGAACAAGGAAAGUUGUUGCAGGACGAUGCAUUGAUGCUGAGGAUGCUGACCCUGUACAUGGUUGCACAGAUAGCGAGAGAUGCAAUGGUGAAAGAAAGAAGCAAGAAGUGUUUGAAGGCCAAGGUUGGAUUUCUGUUGGAGCAGCCAGCAGCACCGGAGUGGUGUCCAGAAUGCGCUUCGUGGUGGAGAAAUCGAACAUGGUUGCUGUUCAAGCACUACUACCAGAUGGAAGAAGUGAUGUUUUACCAAGGAGAUUUUGGAGGUGAAGCGAGAAAGCCAACAACAUGCGGAACAAACCUUGGGUUUCAACCACCAGACCCACUAGUACAUGGUGGGAGGAGCAGAGAACAAGGUCCAGAACUGGAUUCCAGUAAGCUCUCGAGGUGGGCUCCUGGGAUGAUGCAUGAAGUUGCAAGGCUUUUGAUAGAGGAAGUAGAAGGAAAAGAAGUUCGACUGAAGAAGUUGUCGUGGACUGCCCACGUUGACAAUGGACAUGUGCCGUUUCGGCGCGAUUGCGUGGUUUGCCAGAGGUCAGCAGCGAGACAAAGGCCGCAUAGAAGACAUGAUGAUCCAGAAGCGCAUUGUUUAGCUGUUGACAUUUGUGGCCCAUUGAAGUGGGGUCAGGACGUGGAUGGUGAAGAGAAGAAAUACCUUUUGGUCGGCUCCUACACGUGGCCAGUGGAAGGUAAGGACUCUGAUGAAAGCUUGGGGAUGUUGGAUGAGGAGACUGCUGAAGAUGAUGAAAUGCUUCCGGUUUUGGAAGAUGAAGAGGCAGAGCAAAGGGAGGCGUCAGCGUCUUCUUCCUCGCCACCCAAGAAGGAGGCUCAAGCAGAGGGUUUACCUUCAAGACCGGCAUCGAAAAGGAAAGGGGAGGAAGAGAAGCCUCCUGAAGAUGCAGAAAGUGUUGAGGAGAAGGCGCGAACGGUGAGUACCUCAACCUGA